AUGUCUGAAAGAUCUCAGAGUUUUAUUUCAGAGGGGAGUAGCCGACCCUGUGACUUCAGCCGAACCAACUCUUACGCCCAGGUCUUGAACCAGGGGGAAUUGGGGGGCGCAGGAUGCCUUCAGCGCCCCCACGGAGUCCUGCAAGAGCCGAGUCUCCUCUUCAACAAGACUUCAUACGGCGGAAUCACAUCCCAAAACCUUUGGCCAAUCCCGCCGGUCGGAGACUACAGGGCCUCUGACCUGCAGCUGGGAGAGUUUGGCUAUCCUAGACAUUGGUAUCAUUUCGCCGAACCAGAGUACACCGGACAAGUCCCCGGGGUAACAGCAGCUACCCAGCCUGCAAAUAUGAUCUAUAUAUCUAUUCAGCAGUAUGCAGCACCGACGGCCUCCAACGCUGCUCCGCACGGAGCCUACUACUCUGCCCCCUGGAACCCCACAUUUCGUCCUGGCCUUCCACACAUCACCCCAUCCGGGCUUGUUCGCCAAAACCCGUCAACGACAUCUGCCUCAUCGCCGUCUCUCUCCCUAUCGCCACCGAGCGAUGCCCUGCCGGGAAAUGCGUUUCCCAACGGGAACUCAAACCAGGCUGUGACAGCGUCUCCAACGCAGACGUCUGCGAUGGCCCGGAGCACCGGGUCCUCAAGUGCAGUAUGCAGUAACUCCGAGAAGGAGGAAAACUUUUCAAUAGAGGAGGUGGAGCAGUUUGCCAAGGAGCUGAGACAGAAACGCGUCGCAUUAGGCUUCACUCAAGCUGAUGUUGGCCUUGCCCUGGGUAACCGCUAUGGGAAACUCUUCAGUCAGACCACUAUCUGUCGCUUUGAAGCUCUCCACCUGAGCUUCAUGAACAUGUGCAAGCUGAAACCCCUCCUUCAGAGAUGGCUGAAUGAGGCUGAAACCUCAGAAAACCCCCAGGAUAUGUGCAAGACUGAGCCAGCAGUCGUGCACACAAUAAAAAGGAAGAAAAGAACCACUUUUGACGACUCUGUGAGAGCUGCUCUGGAGGCCUCCUUUAUCAAGUGUCCAAAGCCAAAUGCUGAGGAGAUCACCCGCAUCUCAGAGGACAUUGGCCUGGGAAGGGAUGUGCGUGUGUGGUUCUGCAAUCGCAGGCAGAAGAAAAAGCGCCGGCUUUUAGCGCUAGAUGAGGCGUGUGAGGUCCGUAAGCAGAGCACUUCUCCGCUUAACAUGGCCCCUUCCACCAUUCCCAGCCAGAGCUAUCCUGCUCACAGCUAUCCCGGAGCCCCACCUGCACUCUACAUGCCCCCACUUCACAGGCCUGGAGUCUUCACGCAGGCCCUCCGACCCGGACUGGUGAGUCAUCUGACUGAUAAACAUGUUCAUAUUGGCAGCCCAGUAGAUUCACGUCUCGCUUCUAACCAGUUGAGCUAUUUAUCAAAACCCCACCUGAGUUGA